CUACCAUUUUGCGAGAUAAAUCUACGAAAAAAAAAAAGAAAAAAUGGAAUUUGCUUCGCCGAUUUUAUUUUGCAUCAUUAUGAUUUGUUUGCGACACAUUUCUUCACACGAACACGCCGAUGGAUACAAGCCAGAUGGCGAAAUACUUCGUGUUCUAGUUAAUAGUUCUGCUCAAAUAAAAUGUGAUGUAGGAUCAAGUUUGCCAGAUGACAAGGUACUCCUUGUUGUCUGGUAUAAAAACAAUCUUCCAAUUUAUAGUUUUGAUACAAGAGGUGCUCAUGCUGGUACCCCGUCACAUUGGAGAGAUGAAGAAGUACUGGAAGACCGAGCGGUCUUUAGAACGCACAAAGAGCCAGCUGAAUUGAUAAUAAAUCCUGUGAAAGAAAAGGAUGCAGGGAAUUUCCGAUGUAGAGUAGACUUUAAGUUAUCACAAACUAGAAAUAGCAAUGUCAAUUUAGAAGUUGUUGUUCCACCACAACAACCGAAUAUUUUCAACGAACGCCGAGUACGAAUUGAUUCGAGAGCGGGACCAUACGAAGAGGGCGGUAGCCUGGAAGUAACCUGCGUUGUAUAUGGAGGAGUUCCAGCGCCAACAGUAACAUGGCUUAUGAAUGGUCAAAUACAAAAUGGUAUAACUGACUUUUCCUACGAUGGAACCGUUAAUAGCAAGCUAGUUGUUCGAAAUCUAUCACGAAUACAUCAACAUGCUGUUUACACGUGCCAAGCUAGCAAUUUCCAUAAAAAAUAUGUUUCCACCAAUAUCACCAUCGAGUUGUAUUUGCGACCUCUUUUGGUGGAAAUAUCAUUUAACAAUCAACCAAUGUCGGCGGAUCGAAAAUACGAAAUCGAAUGCCAAGCGAUAGGAUCAAGACCGCCAGCAAAGAUAACGUGGUGGAUGGGUAAUAUGGAAUUACAUGGACACAGUCAAAAGGUCUCUGAAGAUGGAAAUGUUAGCAUAUCCGUUUUAUCUCUGACACCAACAAGAGAAGACCAUGGCAAAGGUCUUGCGUGCCGAGCGACAAAUGAACUGGUGCGAAAUGGAAUCAGAGAGACUGCAAUGAAGUUAAAUGUUUUCUUUAUACCAACAUUGCAAUUGGAUCUGGGAUCAAAUCUUAAUCCGGAAGACAUAGAAGAAGGCGACGAUGUAUAUUUUGAGUGUAAAGUUCACGCUAAUCCGGCCGCAUACAAAGUUAUUUGGAAACACAAUAACCAAAUAAUUCAACACAAUCAACGAGCUGGAGUUAUUGUCAGCAGUGGUGAUUUAGCACUUCAGGGUGUCACACGUCAUCAAGCUGGUAAUUACACGUGUACGGCGUCAAAUGUUGAAGGCGACGGUGACAGCAAUGUCGUGGAAUUAAAAGUGAUGUAUAAACCAAUAUGUCGACAGGACCAGAAAAAAAUCUAUGGUGUUGCACGAAACGAAGCCGCUGAAAUAUCCUGUGAAGUUGAUGCGUUUCCACCGCCGGAAAACUUCAAAUGGUCAUUCAAUAAUACCGCUGAAACAUUCGAUAUGCCACAGAGUGGCUUCCGAGCACAUUCAGCACAAGGAUCAACCCUCACAUAUACCCCGGUAAAGGAAAUGGACUUUGGCACCAUUAUGUGUUGGGCGGAUAAUAAUGUCGGACAACAGAAGGAGCCUUGCGUAUUUCAUUUAAUUGCUGCCGGAAAGCCAGAAAUACCAACAAAUUGUACUGUGGUUAACCAAACAUCGGAUUCAUUAGAAGUUUAUUGCAUUGAAGGAUUUGAUGGUGGCCUUAGACAAUGGUUCCUUAUGGAAAUAUUUGAUCAGCAUAGUGGCAAUUUGCAAGCGAAUAUUUCAUCGAAAUAUCCCAUUCUAAGUGUGACACAUCUAGACUCUGGUCGGCUUUUUAAGAUCUUUGUGUAUUCGGUUAACUUACGUGGUCGCAGUGAGGCUGUCAUCUUGGAGGGUUUCACACUGAAAGCAGCUGAAAAACAAACAGUUGCACUCACCUCAUAUAAAGGAUCUCAGGCAAACUUUGAGCUAACACCAAUCCUAUCGGUUGGAAUAUUUGUUGGAGUCUUGGUUGCACUUGUCUGCAUUGGAAUUGGCACAAUAGCUGCAUUGAAAUUACGCUCGCACAAACAACAACAAAAAUACCAACAUCAAAAUCAGAAAUUCUCACGUCCAGGCAAUUUACAAAUUAAGGAUAAAAUCUCCUUGCCGUUGAGUCAUUCUGAAGAGAUGUACGAUGAAAAGAAUCCAGACGUUGUGCCCUACAACGAAGUCGAUGGCGAAUACAAACAGAAAUCAGCAACACAAACGCCAUCAGGACAUUUGUCUACGACCAGUGAAGCGGAAAUCACGUGCAACCCAUCAGACGACCGGGGUUUAUAUCAAUCAGCAAAGGACGAUGAACUACAUUAUGCUGAACUCUCCCUAACCGGUCCGCCAAAAAAAUCUGUAUCAGUAGACUGUAGCAGUAUGCUGCUAAGUAGCAGCAGUGGCAGCAGCACCAAAAAACUGCUGCCCAACUGUCCACCCACAAAUCUAACCACUAGUACACUGAAUAGAACAAAAAUGGCCGCACCACCACCCGCUUAUGAUUAUUUUGACGAACCAACGAUAUACGCUCAAAUAGAUCACUAUAAGACGCAAGGCAGCACCUCGGGGUCAAAUUCAUCCACAUCACCCUUCCCGCCCUGUAUAUCAUCGCCCGUGUCGCAGGGAACACCGUCGACGGUGUCACCCGGAACAGUGGCCAUUUAUGCUAUGCCACAGCAUCCUGGUGGAUACCACACCCUGCCGCAUCAUCAUCACCACCAGCAGCAACAGCAGCAGCACCAGCAACAACAGCAUGCCGCGAUGACGCUAGGGCAUCCGGUGACGGCGGCAGUGGGUGGCAGUGUUUCACCGGCUCCAACCCACAUGGCUCUUAAACAACAACAACAACAGUCUCUAGGUAGUGCCACAGGCAUAGUGGCAGCUAUUGGAAGCCCUACAGCAGCUGUGGUGCCGGGCAUGGGCAAAUCGUACUCUCGGGAAAUAGUUACUGUACGAACGCCAUUAAUGUACUCGCAGCAGGAGAGUUGUGUUUAAUUUUAAUUUAUUACCCACUAGACCCCCCUCAACGAUUAUUUUCGUGUUUUUUUCCUUGUAUUUUUCUGCCUCUCUGCUUCUGCUUUUCCCCUCCCGUCCAUCCCUUAUACUAUCCCUAUCCUUCAGUUGAUAUGUUGUUUUUCCAGACGCGUUGUAAUGAAAAUUUAUACAUGUUAUUAAAAUGAGAACAAGAUAAUUCAGAAAAUAUAUACUUUUCUCUUCCUCGCAUAAAAACAAAAAAUAUUUAUCAUGCUCACAUUUUUCUUUUUUUCUGUACAAAUUUUAAUGUGUUAUGAUCAAAUAUCGUGAUGAUGGGUCAGGACGAAAAAAAAAAUGCUGAUAUAAAUAUCCCCUUUCAAGUUGGCGCCUUUCAUAAAAAGAAAAAGCACACACAAUCGAUAUCGUGUUGUAUAGUAGUGUUGUAGUUGAUAGCAAAAAAAAAUUAUGUAUUAUAUCGGAAAUAAAUCGAUUUAACAUGCGUUGUGUUAUAACGUGGGAAAGUUGACCGGUGACCGUGAAUGCUCAUAUGUAUAUUUGUGCGAACAAUCAACUGAAGGUGGCCAAUGUUGCUUGCUACUGUAUAGAAAUGAAAUAUUAAUUUAAUUUUUUAUGUAAAAUACAAAUUAAAAUUUUAUGACAUAAAUGAUAUGCACAAUGUGA